CGCCCCUCCUCAACUCGCGCCCAACAGCAACAGCAACAGCAACUCUUCAGCUAUCAAUUGUACUGUAUGCAGUCAACCCGUCGAUCAAGAGCUCUAAGUGGAGGACUUUCUUGCAAGAGCCUUUCCAUUGUUUGCUUCUUUAAGGCCGCCGUGCUACAGAACGGAUGCCCGCUGCUUGUACUGUACAGUAUGUAGUGCGAGGGUCCAGCGCAGUAAAGAGCGAAUCACAUACUCGGUGCAUAGACCUCGACAUCGGCAUCUGUGCAAUUGCUUCCCCGGAGGUUGUGUGAGGACGAUACAUCUUUUGAACGGACUUGCAUCUGCCACGGUUCGUCUUCCUCAUCGUGUGGAAGAGGCUGGAUGAUUGAUGGACGGACUAACAGACUUAUAGCUGUGCACAGUCUUCAGCCCAUCAAACUCCUCUUUCAUCUGGAUCUUCUUCUGGUCUGGUGGUCUGGUCUGGAGAGAAAAAAGAGGACCCUUGAUCAUCCAGAUAUCGGUCGUGCUUCAGAAAAGUCCCGAAUUGUGCCCCAUGCUCGUUCCAGGAGCCCCAUGCCCUUCGAGUUGACACACCCUUGAAUCUCCAUCAUCGAGAAUCCCGGAUCCUUGGUCGCGCGUCGCACACGGCACAGCCAACAGCAGGGCAGGGCAGCUUCUUUCCCUCAUAUUAGUAACUCCCAAGUACUUCCCCAAGGACUGAAUUUGUGCUGUUCUUCAUCCCAAGAUAUCGAUUUCCUACCGGUUCAACAUUGACACUGUUCGAGUGGUCCUUCUGGUACGCUUGAUGUUUCUCCAGCACAACCAAGUCAGGAAUACUACACUUCAUACAUUAUAGAUUUCGGCAUUCGUUCGGAUCUUGCGAUCAAUUCUCCCUUCCAGUCAACCGCCAGGGAAGGAUUUGAGAGCCGCAUCAUAUCCAGGGCUACCAAGCCUGUACCCAUAUCAUUUUGGACCAGAGUACCUUCACCUGCCACAGUUUCACGUUGUUGCACUGCCGUCUGACAAUACUCGCCCCUCCACCGCAGGUUGGAAACCCCACGUCAGCAACGUCCAGUAUAUUCUGCAACUUAUCAGUCCAGACAAAAAGCGAAAAACUUCUGCUGAGAAUUCUGGAUUGAGUGACGAACGGCUCGAAGUUUCCUCAUACGAACGGCUGGUCCCCUAAUUCCUUGUCGAUCUCCAGGACCGCCCUUGUACUUGUGGGCAGUAAGAAUUUACCGGUAGCACGAUGGUGUAUUGUGGGAAGCCCUCAAGGGGCUGCCAGAUGUGUCGGACGAGAAGGAUCAAAUGUGAUGAGACAAAACCAACGUGCAAUCAAUGCGCCAAAUCAAGGCGAGUAUGUCCUGGAUACAAAGAUGAUUUCGAUCUCGUCUUCCGGAAUGAGACGCAAGCCACAGAGAGGAGGGCCCGGAGAGCAGUGAACAGCAAGAGGUCUGGGACUCAAAUUUCUCUAGCAACGCAGCAAUCGUCCUUCUCAAUCACAUCAUCAGAUGAAUCAAGUCCCGAACGAUCACCAACACUGAUCGCGCCAAACCCAGACCAGGACAUGUCGAAGGCGAUAUCGCCUCUAGGAGCACUAUCGAUCCCGUUAGAGCAUCAAGCACCAUGUUUCUUCGUCUCGAAUUUCGUUAUCGCGCCUCGCCUCGAGACAAGAGGCUAUUUCGACUUUCUGCUCCCAAUGUUGAAGAGUGAGUCCGCGAACUCACAUCUAUCACUUGCGUUCUCGGCUGUGUCUAUGGCUUCUCUGGCGAACCGCCCAAAUACUAGGGGCCAGCGUAUGUUGUUCAGUCAGGCAAUUGGACAGUAUACGAAAGCGUUGAAGGCUACGAACUUGGCUCUACAGACGCCGGCUCAUCAAAAAACGGAUGCGACUUUGGCGGCUAUUUUGAUGUUGGGAUUCUUUGAGACGGUUGCGUCGGAAAAGACUAAUGCUAUGGCGUGGUAUUCACAUGUUGAUGGUGCGGUACAACUUGUGAAGAUGAGAGGAAGGAAACAACUGCGAACCAAAGCAGGAUAUUCGCUGUUCAUUGCCGUGAGACAACAGAUGCUCGUAUCCGUACUAUCAGGCUCCAAACCACUAAGUAUGGGAGCGGAAUGGUGGAUCGCCGACAUCGAGAAAGAUAAGACGGGCAUUUUCAUCACAUACCUCUCCUGUCGUGUCGCAGAGCUCCGCGGAGAACUUAACACCGCGCUCUCGACCUUCCCUCGCACUCCAGAGUAUUUCCAAGAAGUAACCAACAUCAUGCGGCGCGGACAGGCCCUCGAACACGAAUGCGUAGAAUGGGAAGCCAUGCUCCCAGACGAGUGGCGUCCUCGUACUGUCUCUUGGGUCGACCAAGUACCUGGAGGCGACAUAACGAAGGCGGAGGUCUUCCCCGGGAAGGUAGACAUGUAUAGUGAUAUUAGUAUUGCGAAUCUUUGGAACCAGAUGAGAGUCGCCAGGCUGUUCAUCUCGGGCGCGAUUGUCCGUUGUGCGGCAUGGAUCUGUUCGCCUGUUGACUAUCGGACGACGCCGGAGUACGCGCAGGCUGUACGGUUGUGCGUCGAUCUCGUUACUGAUGUUAUUGCUUCGACGCCAUAUCAUCUCGGCUGGCGCGUCAGUCAGGGUGGAAUUCUCAAGUCAGGGGAUUUCUCGAGUCCGUUGUCCGGUGAGAGUACGGGUGUCACGAGCGCGAAGGCGAUAGGAGGGUUCUUCAUGAUGUGGCCGCUGUUCAGCAUAGCGAAUACGGAUUACAUAUCCGAUUCUCAGCGGGUAUGGGCGAAGGGACGGCUGAUGUAUGUGAGUGAGACGUUAGGUCUUAACCAUGCAAAGGUGUUGAGUAAUUUCCACCUCCGUCUCCCAUCCAUGAUCAUCCGCCGCGACAACAUGAUGCACAUGGCCCAAUCCCUGUCCCCUUCCGCCGUCUCAUCCACAACACGCGGCUUCUCUCCUCCCGUCGCGGCAAACACAUCACAACACAUCACAACUAGCACCAUCACCAACCUCGCAGCUUCGAAUGGCUUCACAAAUCCGACUACCCUGAUCUCAACUCCCACUCUCCAUCAAAACCAAACCCAAAACCAAAACCAAAACCAAUCCCUAAACUCAAACUCAAACACCACCAGUGCAUACACCACUCAACCCCAACCCUCCCAGCCAGGAAACCCAACCAUGGGAGCAGGCCAAGGCCAAGGACAAGGAAAUGGAGCAGCAGCAGGAGCCGGAGCGCCAAACGUCAUGACGACCGGUCUACCGAUGUACACGCUCAACCCACUCCAGCAGCGUGAAGCGAUGCUGAAAGAGAACUGGGAGAACGAGAGGAAGAACCUACUCAAGAAAGCGAGUAAUCAGCAAGGAGACUCGGUAGAGAGGUUGUUGGCGAAUUAUUUUGUUGUUUGAAGAGGUGAUAGAGAUGGACUGGCGGGGUGGUUUGAGAAGGGGUGUGUACUAGGGAAUUAGGGGAUUGCGGGAAUGGGAAAAGGCGUUGAUGGUGCUUUUAAAAAUGGCGUGGCGAGGCUAGGCAUUGGUUCCGAAUAAGGGAAUUAGGAUGGUGUCAGAUUGCAAGCCUAUUGCAAGAAUCAGGGAGUUUGCUAUGCUUAUAAUUUCGUGUAUCAAAUAAAGCUCAAGGACGAGUAAAGCAGCCUUAGGGGAUUCAUUUUCAUGGUUGGGCAUAGGACUCAUAGUUUGCGUUUGCAAUUGCAAUUUGAAUACUGGUGGUCUAUUUAAGAUAGGGAAAUUUGAGGUCUGAUUUGGUUUGGUGUUUUGUAUUCAAAUGGUUAGAUUAUGGGGAUUGGCAUUAGGUUCGUUCAUAGGAUGAGAAUGGACUUAUGGUGUUUGAACUCGCUUUCUGUUCUUUAUGAGUUCCAACUUGGGUGGGAUUGAGGUUUUGUAUGUUUGUCUUAGGAAUCGAGAUGGCAACAUGGGAAAGCAAGCUGAGUUGAGGAAUCAGGGAGUGAACUUUUUUGUGUGCCAUGUGCAAUGAAUGAUCGGAACAAACGAGGCAUGAUUCUAUAUGUUUUGGUGUUGUACACUCCCGUUUCCCACUAUCAGAUGGAUAUCUGUACCGCUUAUGUCUAGAGCAGGCUUUCUCGCACUAGGAUUUCCCCGGCGUCUUGUUCUCUGCAUGUGUAUGUCGUGGCUUACUCAACCUCCGUGUCUAUCCUUCGGAUGUCGUCUAUGUAGACUUCACAUCCAUACACCCUUACCCCUGAUUCAACGCCAUAGUCAUAUUGUAGUCGGGGUGUGCUUUUCAUACAUAGAUUGGCAGCACCAAAAAAUCGAAAUCCCAACCUCCGCGGCAUAUCAAGAAUUCGAUUCUUCUUUCCCACCAACAGCCUCCUCACCCCUUAAUGCUCUAUCCCCAUCCUCAAUACACUCUCCAACAUCCGGCCCACCC